UAUGACGUACCACAGUUUGCUGCUCUGCACCAGCUGGUCAAUACAAGAUCCUCAUCAUGUAACUAACUAACAAGCCGAUUAGUUUAUUUUUUGUUGGAUUGCAUUCGUAAUGCCGGAGAAGCGAAUUAAGACUUCAUUUGCGAAUGCUGCAUUGCCACACUAUUCAUUAUGUCGCGGUAAGUUAGCUAAUGAGUCAGCUCACGUACCACCACAGCCUAACCAGCAACAUAUUCCUAAAAUAGUCUACUGAAGUAAAUGUUCUACUGAUGGACCGCACGUAACGUUUGAUGAAAAUCUGAGGUGCAGUCACAAGAAAUUAACACGAGUGUAUCUUAAAGUUAGCUUAUGCGGGGCAAUCUUACUACAGGGCAACAGGGGGGAUGAACUGCUAAUGGCCCCCAUCUGUCGAUGACUUAUUGGUUUUAACCAACUGGGCUUUCGACCUUGUAUUUGUUUUGAAAAUGGUCUUAUAGGAUAUUCUGCAAUAGAUAUGUUGGCUAGAUAACAUGAUGGAUCACUGCUAACGAGGAGUUGCUACAAACUGCUCGGCGGGUGGAUCAGAAAUCGUCCAGUCUAACUGUACUACAAUGGACACCUGGACCCCAAAUCCACGCGCAAAACCGUUCAUCCCGCGCCACCAACGCAGCAUCUACCUGUCCUGGAAGUACAGACUCAGCAACAAGAGGUCGAUUCGACGAUUCUGCCAGGCCGGUGCAGUGCUGUUUCUGUUGGUGACCGUCAUUGUUAACAUCAAACUUAUUCUGGACACUAGAAGAGUAGCCAGUGAAGAUUACGCUGCUCAGGAGUAUGAUGAUGUGCUACCUAAUAUGGAGACCCCAAGAAGACCACCGAGUGGUCGCAAGGUUCUCGAUAUCGAGGUCUACUCCAGCCGUUCAAAGGUUUACGUGGCCGUCGAUGGAACCACUGUUCUUGAAGAUGAAAUGCGGGAGCAUGGAAGAGGGAUCCAUGUGAUUGUCCUGAACCAGGCCACAGGGCAUGUGAUGGCAAAGCGAGUAUUUGACACCUAUAACCCGCAUGAGGACGAAGCCAUGAUCCUCUUCCUGAACAUGGUGACGCGUGGCAGGGUCCUCAUAUUCACCAUCAAGGAUGAAGGUGCAUUCCACCUGCAGGAGGUGGCCAAGGGGCUGCUGAAAGGCCUGGGCAGCCAAGCAGCCAUGGGCCUCAGCUGGAGAGACAUGUGGACCCUGGUGGUCAAGAAAGGAGGUCAGGUGUAUGGAGAGAAACUGUCCAAAUCUCCAGCGAUGUCCACCUGGGGAGACCCUGUGCUGCUGAAGACAGAGGUGCAGCUCGUGGCAUCAGAAGAUGCUGAAUGUCAUUGGGCAGACACGGGGCUUAACCGCAGACGCAAGCUGUUCUGCAGUAAAGUGGAGGGCUACGGCAGCAUCUGCAGCUGCAAGGACCCAGCGCCCAUUGAGUUUACCCCAGACCCGCUGCCUGUCAAUAAUGUUCACAAUGUGCCCGUGGCAGUCAUCGCUGGGAAUAGGCCAAACUAUUUGUACAGGAUGCUGCGUACACUGCUGUCGUCUCAUGGCGUCAACCCUCAGAUGAUCACAGUCUUCAUAGAUGGCUACUAUGAGGAGCCGAUGGAUGUGGUGGAACUCUUUGGCCUCAAAGGUGUGCAGCACACCCCUAUCAGCAUCAAGAACGGACGCGUGUGUCAGCACUACAAGGCCAGCCUGACUGCUACUUUCAACCUCCAUCCAGAUGCUGAGUUUGCCAUUGUUCUGGAAGAGGAUCUGGAUAUUUCCAUAGAUUUCUUCAGCUUUCUCAGUCAGACCAUCCAUUUACUGAGAGAAGAUGAGAGUCUUUACUGCAUCUCGGCUUGGAACGACCAGGGCUAUGAGCACACGGCAGAGGAGCCGGCCCUGCUGUACCGCGUGGAGACCAUGCCCGGCCUGGGCUGGGUCCUGAAGAAGAGCCUCUACAAGGACGAGCUGGAGCCCAAGUGGCCCACGCCCGAGCAGCUUUGGGACUGGGACAUGUGGAUGCGCAUGCCCGAGCAGAGGAAGGGGAGAGAGUGUGUCAUACCGGAUGUGUCCCGAUCCUACCACUUUGGCAUCAUGGGCCUGAACAUGAAUGGAUACUUCCAUGAGGCUUAUUUUAAGAAGCGCAAGUUUAACACUGUGCCAAACGUGCAGCUGAAGAAUGUGGAUGGCCUGAAAAAAGAUGCCUAUGAACUGGAGAUCCAGAGCCUGUUAAGGGAUGCUCAGGUCCUGAACCACACCAAGAGUCCCUGUGACGACUCUUUCGUCCCGGACACCGAGGGCAAGACCUACGUGCUAUACAUCAAGAUGGAGCAGGAGGCAGACGCUACCACUUGGAGAGAGCUGGCAAAGUGUCUGCACGUGUGGGACCUUGACGUGCGGGGUUUUCACCGUGGCGUGUGGCGCCUCUUCUUCAAGAAGAACCAUGUGCUGGUGGUGGCCGUCCCCCUUUCUCCUUAUGCGUCUAAGAAGCCCCCCCACAUCACCCCCCUCCACCUGGAACCCCCACCCAAAGAGGAGGGAGCCCCCGUGGAACAGACCUAAGCCCCCAAGCGCCCAGCUCCCCUCGCGCCUUAAAAUCACAUUUAUCCAUCCAUCCGUCCGUCCGGCCUUACAGCCCCACACUCGGCCACCCCCCUGUUUUUGGCUGUUUUUUAGGCUGGCCAUAAUGGUGCUUGUGCCUGUUCGCGCACCAGUUGUGUUCAGAACCAAAAAGUGCUUACCUGCGAACCACUCGCAUUCAUACCUGGAGGAACCUGCUGACGACGUCUACGUUUCCCUUAUGGUUGAUAUUUUUUCGCAUCAUGAACCAACUUUCUGCUUCCUGAUUGCUUAGAUUUUUGGUGUGAAUGAACACAUCAGUCGGUUUGAGAUUAGGUGUGGGAACGGGCACGGGCAUGGUACUCUGUUGGCCUGAACACACUAUAUGGGACAGCUGUUGGGCAGGUGACAGAGAGGAGAGGAUGGUUACAGGACCAGUGGAAGUCAUUGUUAACAGGGGAUGCUAUGAAAAAGGACUUUAUUCUGACUGAAACAAGUAAAAAUAAUAAUCUGUUGGCCCCAUAGAACCAAACCAAAGCCACAACCAAAACAGACCUGAAAUGAGUUGACCAAGAUCAGCUGUAAGCUCUAAACCUGAAUUUUAAGGCUAAAAUGAUUUUAAUUAAAAUUGAAAUAGACAUACGGUCGUCAAAAUCACAGAAUUUCAGAAUUUAUUAUCAAAACAAUAGUCUCCUUCUGACAACUAAGGGUGCUCCUCAACCGGCAUCCCCUCUUCCCGUCGUCCUGGGUGAUAUCUGGGGAAUGUGACAAUGGUCAUCUCAUGCUCUGGCUAUACCGUAGAUCCUCUGGACUGAAGGAACACUAUAGGAGCAUUAUGUUAUGGAGCAUUUUGCCAGCUCAAACCCUUGACGUGAGUGGACUGCAAAAUGGACUCCUGUGACACUGGCUGAGCUGUGCUUUCAACUCACACAGAUGUUUCAAGUUUAUAAGCGUGUUUGUUUUCUAAUACACAUGUACAAGUACAAGGCAUUACCGUCCUUGAGAUGCCAAUUUGUCAUCACGGUGCUUUUGAUUUUACUUUAAAAAAAGAAAGUGAGCAGGGAAUGUGGAAUGACUUGCCGUGUGUGUGUGUGUGUGUGUGUGUGUGUGUGUGUGUGUGUGUGCGUGUGUGCGUGUGUGCGUGUGUGCGUGCGUGCGUGCGUGCGUGCGUGCGUGCGUGUAAAUUUAAGACUAUAAGGAGCUUCAGUGAAUCAUGAGACACUACUGAAAGGUAUCAUCUUGUAAAUGCAUUUUAACUUAAGUCUAUUUAUUUUACCAAACUCAGACUGAGCAGUGCUUUAUUUUAUUUAAUACACUUUUAUACGCACAGAAGAAAAACGCUAACAUGUUUGAGGUUAUAUGUAGAUGCAUAUAUUUUUGGAGAGAAAUGUGCAUUAUUUCACAAUAUUAACUCAACAAUGGCUAUGGUACAUGUACUGUGUGUGUUACAAUUUGUCAGUAACGGACGGCACAGUGAAAGGACGUUGUCACACUGUUAAACGCCUUCAUCCAGGCAGAUGAAGGACUUGGUAAGCAAUGAUAAAGGCAAGAGUUCUAUUUGAUAUCAAAUUUUCUUCUGUAAACUGUUAAGAUCAAAUGCAUUGUACUUGUAUGUAAGCCCUGUAAAAAUCCCUUCACUGCUCCACUUCAAUGCGGCCACAAAAACUAACACUUGAAGAUAUUUUUAUAUAUAUAUUAUAUUUUUCAACACUGAAUGCUCUGAGGUUUUGACUGAUGAAAGUAUUUCUCUCUGUCUUAUUUCAACUGAAACUUCUCAACUGUACCGUAUAGGGUCCUUGUUAUUUUACCGUUAUUUGGAGUACCUCUGACUUUAGAUGGCGUAUGUCUGUCUGUGUUGACUUGUGUUAUGGAGUGUUAAGCUUUGAGUUUCAUGCGAUUAUAGUUUUUAAAAAUUAUUAUUAUUUGAUUAUUUUUUUUGAUAGUUGGAUAGUUGGUCUACAAUUGUUCUUGUUGGAUGGUUUGGAGUUUGAUUGCACAUUGCCACUGUCUUGGCAAUGUAAAAUGUUAGAAUUCCAUCCUUAGACUGUUGGUGUUUGUUGGGGUCAAGUGGAAGCAUCUUAAAACCGUCCAACAGAAAUGACUUUGAUAUUACCAGUAGUGUUAACAAGGCACUGGAGAGCAGUUGCAAUGUACCUUGACCUUGGCAGUAUGAGUAAAGUGUAUGCUUAGCGUUGUGGUGAUGAAGAUUCAUUUCAAUGACUAUCAAUGAGAUUAUAGUGUUCUUUGUGGACAUCUGCAAUAAACUGUAUAUUUUGCAGCCAAAAACCCCACAUUUCAAACAACAUGCCACUUUUUUUUUUUUUUUUUACCACUGUAACCUUGACAAAUCAUAGUUGUUGAGAUAUCUUAUGAGGUGAACACUAAUGGGUCCUGUGGGUUUCAGUGCCUCAGCAAAGUUCAGUUGUUUAAUUGGCUUGCUGUUAGGUGUGACAAGAUGUAAUAUGUGAGAAUAAUGCAGCGCAUGGUUUAAGGAUGCAGUUACCUUUUUGAUGAGACAAUAGGUCCCUUUUUGUAAUACGUUUAAACCUAUUUUUUUUUCUUUUUGGAUAUCUUUACUGAAUAAAUCAUAUUGUGUAUAA